GGUACCGUAGCGUACCAGUCCGUAUCGUGCAAUCGGUGCUGACGGCUAGUCGCGUGACGGUUUUGAUCAUCCGCUGCCCGAUCGCAACACAUUACCCGGUGCGUCUAAAGUGCGUUUUGUGUGGUGAAGUCAACAUGAAGCAUCAAAUUGCUCUCCUGCUAGUGCUUACCGUCGCCAUCAUCGGUAACGUUUCGGCCGCCAAGUUCCCUGCUUCCUUCUCGAGAUGCCAGCAGGAAGAUGGUAACUGUCUGCUGGAGGCUAUCACCGCCACCUUCCGUAACUUCCACAAGGGCGUACCGGAAAUCGGGCUGGUACCGUUGGAUCCGUUGCGCAUCGAUAAAAUGGACAUCGUGCAGGGCGAUGGACCGAUCAACAUUGUGCUGAACUUCAAGAAGGUGGACCUGCUCGGAUUCCAGCACGCACAGAUUAAGAAGGCCAGUGGAUUCACUUCCAACCCUACCAAGAUGGACCUAAACCUGCUCGUUCCGGUCGCAACGCUCGUCGGAGGAUAUCGCAUCAAUGGCAAAGUGUUGAUCCUUCCCAUUCAAGGCGAAGGUGCCAGCAAUAUGACGAUGGUUAACUGUGAUAUCUCGCUCAAGUGGACCGGCAAGCUGGUGGACAAGAAUGGUAAACAGUUUUACCAGGUGGACAAAUUUAAGGUGCACUUCGACACGAGCCGGUUCUACAUGGACUUUUCCAACCUGUUCAACGGCGACAAGGCGCUCGGUGAUAACAUGAACGUUUUCCUGAACGAUAACUGGCAGGACAUCCUGAAGGAGCUGAAGCCCGCGAUAUCGGCCGCUUUUACGAAGAUAUUCGAAGCGGUCGUUACGAACGUUUUCAACCGAGUACCGUACAAUGAGCUUUAUCUAGCGUACAUGGGACAGACGGGUGGUGGUGGUGGUGGAAGGAGCAGCAGUACCUACCGCGGACGACAAAUAGAAAACAACGAUAGACGACGGCGCUCACCGGCGCUAUCAUAUAUAAGACCGGCGCUGGCCGGGCAGCUUCCAUUCAGAUCUAGUGUCCACUGUAUCGAUCGUGUUGUUACUGUACUGUACUGUACUGUUCGUCGCAAUCGCGCCAUGAAUAGUUUGGUGAUUUUUGGUGUGCUUCUGUCAGGAUUGGUGGCGUUAGCCAGUGGUAUCAAAUUGCCUGCCACGUACAGUCGCUGUAAACCGGCCGACGAACCAUGCAUCGUGCAAGCGAUAACGGACACAUUCCACAAGUUCCAGGAUGGCGUACCCGGGCUAGGGCUCGCCGCGCUGGACCCACUGCGCAUUGACGAGAUGGACAUUGUGCAGGGUACGGGCCCGGUUAACAUUGUGCUAAACUUCAAGAACGUGGACAUUACCGGAUUUAAGGAUGUGCUUGUGAAAAAGGCUAAAGGAUUCACCACGAGCCCGAACGUGAUGGAGAUGAACCUGCUGCUGCCAGUGGCAUCACUAGUUGGCAGCUAUAAAAUCAAAGGGAAGGUACUUAUCCUACCGAUCCAGGGCGAAGGGGCCAGCAAUAUGACCAUGGUCAACUGUGACUUCCUGAUGAAGUGGAACGGUGGGCUGGAGAAGCGAGAGAAUGGCAAGGAGUACUAUCAGAUGAACAAAAUUAAGGCCACGUUCGAUACGACCCGGUUCUACAUGCAUCUGACAAACCUGUUCAACGGCGAUAAGGCGCUGGGCGACAAUAUGAACCAGUUCCUGAACGAUAACUGGGAGGACAUCCUGAAGGAGCUGAAGCCCGCCAUCAUCGGUGCGUUUACGAAAAUAUUCCGCGCGAUCAUAACGAACGUGUUUGAAAACGUUCCGUACGAUGAGCUGUUUCUACCAAGUGCUUAACCAACGAUUGGCGGGAUAGUGAUUAAUAAAUGUAAGCAAGUUGUACAUGUGAUGUGAUGAUGUAGA